AUGGAAGGUGGUGGGCAUGGUGGUGGCUUUCCUAAUUAUGUGAAUUUACAUAAACAUCAGCAUGUUCCUCCUCCGUUGACAGCCAUUGGUAGGUUCUUGCAGGGUCAAAGUCUUGAAAACCAUUUUUCUCAUCAGAACUUUGAGACGAACAAAGAAACAUUCAUCCCUUCAAAUGGGGUUUGUGGAUUUUCUUCGUAUUCUGAUGGAGGGAUCGGUGGCUUGUAUGAUGAAUGUGAAGUUCCAUUAGUACCAUGUUUUUCCAUGGAAAAGAUAUUGGCUCCUGAUCGUGGUGCUUUUUCAAAAAGCUAUCGAAACAUAGAACUUAACAACGAAGUAAUCAAAUCUGGUAAGAAGAUGAAAUCGAAAGGCUGUGGUCGUAAGUGUUUGAUCAAGGGACAAUGGACAGAUGAAGAAGACAGGAAACUUCUUAGGCUGGUGAAACAACAUGGAGUUCGGAAAUGGGCUCACAUCGCUGAGCAAAUGACGGGUAGAGCUGGGAAACAGUGUCGUGAGCGAUGGCAUAAUCAUUUGCGCCCUGAUAUCAAGAAAGAUACAUGGAGUGAAGACGAAGAGAGAAAGAUGGUUGAAGCUCAUCGAAAAGUAGGCAACAAAUGGGCUGAAAUUGCGAAAUUAAUUCCUGGAAGGACAGAGAACGCGAUAAAGAACCAUUGGAAUGCAACAAAAAGGAGACAAAAUUCUCGUCGUAAGAGCAAGAAAAACGACACCAAAAAUACCAAGUCUCGACCUUCUGUUUUACAAGAGUACAUUAAAAGUACGGCGACCACUAAUACUAGUGAUCAUAAUCUAGCUUCCAUUGCCACCACCAUGGUCGCUGCAACCCCGGGAAGUUCUACCACCAUCUCCUCCGAUGAUCCUUCCAUUAAAUUCAACGUUCUUUUUACUGAGCUGCCAAAUUCAAACUCUGAUGACUCUCCAUCUCUAGACAUCACACAAUCGUACGACGAUGAGUUAACUUUCAUGCAAAGCUUUUUCGGAGAUAGCAACCCAAUUAGACAGGACACAAACACAAACUCCAAUCAGUCCUCAAUCUACGUUAAAGAUCCAAAAUCCUAUUUACACGCUAAUCCCUUAGGGUUUAGUGAUAAUUCUCAAUACGGGUUUGGUUCAUCUUCAUCAAUCUCCAAUGAGUCCUCAGUCCACUUCAAUCCAGAAUCCACUUUAGACCUGACUUCCCUUGGGUUUACUGGCACAUCAGAAUACGGGUUUGCUUCAUCUUCAUCAAUUCCUCAUGAUGAGAACUCAGAUUCAUAUUUGGACAAAGUAGAUUCAUCAAAAAACCAACUCGCUUCCGAUGUUUACAUCUCUUAUCUUCUGGAAGGAGCCACUACAUUGUCUAACUGUAGCGACUAUGGCUACCAUAAAGAUACAAAGAGGGACAUGGUUUUUGAUGCUGAACAAAGUGCUGGUUCUGGUUCUUCGUCAAAUGGGAAAAAAGAGAUGGAUCUGGUGGAGAUGAUGUUAUCUUCUCAGUUCUCUCAAGGUAGUAACUUUCUGAUAUAA